GUCUACAAGAUGUAAAAGCAAUGCCAUUGUCACCAAGAAGUGUCAUAUUCUCUGGUCGAUUUAUUGGGUUGUUCUUAUUUAAUUUUAUGCUAGAGACUUAAUGUUUUGACUCUUAAAUAACGAUAAUAUAUUGAGUAAUGUGCUGACCGUUUUGGACAGAACUAUAAAGAUGGUCAAAGAGGUGCCAAUAUGACUGUUGUUACCUCAGACAGCAAAGAGCCAACAAUCAGUGGGACUGUGGCAUCUGCAGCACAACAGUCAAACACUGAAAACCAUGAGCUGUCAGAGGGAAAUACUGAAGUUAUGCAAAGCAAUGCCACUUCUGUCGGCCAAGAGGCAGACACAGAUGUCACUAUAUCACCUGACCUUCCAGACCAAUCACUAGCUCCUCAGGUACCAAAUGAUGUGACCAAGUUGUCUGGCAGUGAUAACCCCAGCACAGAGACUGCUGCUGGGGGUAAAUAUGAGGACCAUGAAGCUGCUGAUGAUGAUCAAGAAACUGAGGAUCCUGACGCCGCCUGGAAGGAGCAGAAGCGCCGCCUGCUGUUGACGCACCUCUCUGCCGAGCCCCCGGACGUGGAGGCGCUCCGGGCGGGAGCUGUGUCGCGCGGCGGCCUGCUGGACGACGCGCUGCGCCGGCGCGUCUGGCCGCUGCUGCUGCGCGCCGACCGGCCGGUGGACUGUGCGCCGGACGGCGAGAUACCCCUGCUGACCGGGGAGGAGGUGCGCGCCCACCCCUACCACCAUCAGGUGGUGCUGGACGUGGAGCGAACCCUCAAACGGUUCCCGCCCGGCAUCGAGGACUCGGUGCGGUUCGGCAUGCAGGAGAGCCUGGUGACGCUGAUCGUGCGCUCGCUGGCCGCUCACCCGGAGUUGCACUACUACCAGGGCUACCACGACGUGGCCAUCACCGUGCUACUGGUCUGCGGCGAGCCGCUGGCGCUCGACGUCCUCUGCAAACUGGCCGGGCGCCACCUGAGUGUGUUCAUGGCACCGAGCAUGGACGAGACCCGUGACCUGCUGACGUACGUGCUGCCACUGCUGGAGGCCCGCGACCCGCCUGUCUGCGAGUUCCUGCUGCGAUCCGAGGCGAUGGCCACGUUCGCGCUCUCGUGGCUCAUCACGUGGUUCAGUCACGUCCUUCCCGAGUUCUCGCUGAUCACGCGUCUGUUUGACUACGUGCUGGCCACCAGCUGGCUGGCGCCCGUCUACCUGACGGCGGCCGUGGUGCUGCACCGGCGGGACGAACUGCUGGCGGGCGAGUGUGACCUGGCGGCGGUGCACAGCCUGCUGGCCGACAUCCCCGACCACCUGCCCUGGGAGGACCUCAUGGAGAGCGCCACUCUGCUGCUGCGCGAGCUGCCGCCCGAGUCGCUCCGACCGCGGGUGGACGCGCUGAACCGCGCGCGGCGCCAGAGCGAGGAGGAGGAGCGCGAACGGAUGCGGCGCCGGCGGGCCGCGCUGCAGAGGCGGCGCAUGGUCGAGUCAUGGGUGCCGCCGCGCAACUGGACCGCUGUCGGACUGGCCAUCAGUGUGGCACUGCUGGCCGGCGCCGUCCACCUGUGGAGGGCCAAGAUGGACUGACGGACCACUGGGCACGGCUGACCUGCAGUCGACUGUCCUGGGACGGCGGCCGUCCGACGGUGGACCCGUCAGCGGGCGGGGAUGGUGAGUGGGGUACCCUACCGCCGUCAGUGGACCAGUGCCUAACGUUUCUGCCGUCUUGGGGGAAACGCAACUUUUCUGCGAGUCGGAUUCUCAAGAGCGUUGUCUUUGUCGUCGAUCGCUUGGGGACUGUUGUUUAGAGGUGUUGGCUGUUGUAAGCAUUCUGUGGGACCUGUGAUGGAGCAAUGAGCAUGUAUUGUCUCGCUCCUAUGUGUUGCAUGGUAUAUGCUAGUGGAAUUAUCAAGUGCAAUUCCUUAUGCGAGCAUUAAUAGGCGUAGUUGUCGAGGGCAAGCUUUCCGUAAGAGACCUACCUGCAAACGUUUCUAACAAGAUUUUCAGUGUGUUGUUGUUUCUUUCGAAUACGUUUAUUUAAAUUGAAAAUUAUUUCAGUUCUAGCUGUAUUGUUCAGCUAAGACGUUUUCCUUUUAAGGAGAGUUCGGGCUUUCGUUGAUAAUUAUUUGUCACUUCGUUUGCCUUAUUGUGAAGGUACAAACAGCCAGUUCAGUUAUGCUCACGUACCCUGUAUACUCGUCAUCAAUCUCUGAGCUGCGACCAAUGUGUUAGGGUCCUUGUGCCGUUUAUACUUGCUCCCUUGAAGGGACACGUUUGUCAUGACACCCUGUCCUGCUCUUCCGAUGUGUACUUCCGUGAAGAUGUAGGUAUAUUGCUGGGAGAUGUUGUUUUCCCGAGUUUUGCUUUGCGAUUUAAAUGUGCAUCAUCCAGCCGGGGAAAUGUUAGCCAGAUUGUUACAUUAUGUGCUCUAGUCAAAGAUACACACGACGCGACAUCUUUUGGUUAGAAUGGGUCCAGAUUGUCGCUGUUAUAUAUUUGGAGCCUGUUGAAGGUGAAAUGUCUAUAUUGGGAGUCAUGAUUCCUUGAAAAUAUAUUGUAUUUAUGGA